GUCCCGCUCAAGAAGGAGAAAACACAUUUCACUGUCCGGCUGACGGAGCUGAAACCCGCUGAUAAGGUGAAGCUGAUCAAGGAGGUGAAGAACUUUGUCCCGGGAGUGAACCUCGUGCAGGCAAAGAAGCUGGUGGAGUCCCUUCCGCAGGAGAUCAAGGCUAACGCUUCCAAGGAGGAAGCAGAGAAGAUCAAAGCAGCACUGGAGGCAGCAGGAGGGACUGUGGUUCUGGAGUAA